AUGUCUUUGGAUUAUGAGGUUUACAAAGAAGGUGGGGUGCUCAAUGAAAGGUACCAGAAAAUCGAGGACAUCAGCGAGGGAUCGUAUGGUUACGUCUCGUUAGCCAAGGAUAUCAAAGAGAAAAAAUUGGUUGCUAUCAAGUACAUAUUCAAGCUAGAUCACGAGAGUGAGGCGAAGGACGAGGCGAGCGGGAGCGAUGAAGAGGAUGGCCACGCGUCUCACAACGACGGUAACACCAGCAGUCAAGAGAAGAAAACGCAAUUGCAAAGAUUCAAAUCGAAGAUCUCGUCGAAUGUGAAAUCACGUCUCUCCAACAACAUUUGCUUUGAAGCUAUUUACGAAAUUGAUAUUCAAACAAAACUGGGUAACGAUAACAACAAUAUUGUCAAACUGUUGAACUAUUUCGAUUCUUAUAUUGUUUUAGAGUAUUGCUCUGGUGGUGAUCUUUAUGAGGCAAUUAAAAGUGAUCUAGUGCCAAGAAAGACGAAAAAAAUCAAACAUAUUUUGAACCAAAUUAUCGAUGCAAUAAAGUUCAUGCAUUCAAAAAAUAUUUACCAUCGUGAUUUGAAGCCAGAGAACAUUUUAAUUUCAAACCUUUUUGAAUGGACGAUCAAAAUUAGCGAUUUUGGUCUGGCAACGACCGAAUUAACAUCGUUGGAUAGAAAUGUUGGUAGUGAAAGAUACAUGGCACCUGAACUAUUCGAAAGCAAUCUUGAUUUGCAAGAAAGAAAAGAACCAUAUCGUUGUGACAAAGUUGACGUUUGGUCAAUGGGUAUUGUAUUUCUAAAUAUUGUCUUUUCAAAGAAUCCCUUUAGUGUUGCUAAUCAAUCAGAUAAAUCUUUUUGCUAUUUUGCCGCCAAUAGAGAAGCUUUAUUUGACGUUUUUUCGACAAUGAGUCUGGAUUUUUUUCAGGUAUUAAGAUAUACCUUGACCAUUGAUCCGACAAAUAGAGAUUUACAAAGAAUGAAAUUUGAAAUAACGAAUUUGAAUUCCUUCACAUUGGAUGACGAAUAUUUCAAUAGUUUAGAUGAUGAUGAUAUAGCCAUUUCUGAUGAAGAUUUUAAGGAACAGGAGCAACAGCAACAACAACAACAGCAAAAUGAGGCAAAACAACCUUUGUCAUAUAUACCACCAUCUUCAGCGCCAAUGCCAGUUUCGCUACCAACACCAAUAUCUUCAUCAAUUAAAGAAAAUUCAAAGAAAAAAAUUCACCUACAACAUUCAAGUAUUCCUGUUGAUAUAAAAGAUGAUGAUUUAUCAAUUAUCUCUUCAAACUUAAAUCCCACAGGUAAUACUACUGAGGAUAAGCAAAGAGCAAAGUCCGUGCCAAAAUCUGUUCCGAAGUUUAAAUUUCAAAAAAGAAGUCAUCUUCAGAAAAACAAUAAUAAUAAUAGCAAUUUGAACACUUACAAUAAUAGCAACAAAAAUCAUAACAAUAGGAAUUUUGGCACAUCCAUCAAGAGUUACAACCAUCAAAAUAAUUAUUUUUUUAACAAUAAUUAUAACAACAAUUACAACCGUAACCAUUACAUUGAUAAUCCAAAGAUUAUUAAGCAUUCAAGAAAACCAUUGGGAAUCCCAACCCCAAAUACUCAUAUUAAUAAUUUCUUUCAAAAUUAUCAAGAAAAUGCGGAAUCAAAUAAUCAUAACAAUAGAUUCAACACAAGAGAUUUUUUUACACCUCCAAGUGUUCAUAAUAAAUAUAUGGAAGGUUUUUUGAAUCAUGAUCAAAAUCAUAAUUACAGCAAUCAUUCCCACAAGUACAACGGAAGAAAUAAAAAUUUUAUAGGUAACUCAAGUGGCAAACAAAGAAAAUCAACUGGUAGUAAUGGAAACAUUAACAAUAGCACUGAGAGAUUAUUGGUCCCAAAGAAUAAGCAUUCACCAAGCUCCAUUGCAAAUUCAAAUUCAAAUCCAAAUUCCAUUCCUAAUUCAAUCUCAUCACAACAUUCACCUGGUAAAUACAUUCCACCAAAUGCAAGGACUAAUUAUGGAAAUCAAUUUUUGUCAAAUUCUCCUAAUGUUCCUGAUAUAUCAACCGUUUUGAAUGGUCCAACAACUUUUCAUGAGCAAUAUACAAAUAUGGAUUCUACUAAUGUAAAUAAUGGAGCUGCUAAUGGAAAUGUUGAUUUAGAUGACGUUUUAUUUACACUUGAAGAAAACGAGUAUGAUUUUAUUCACGAUAUAAACAAUUUAUCUUUGAAUGAUCAACCAGUUCAUGUGAAUUCAAUCGAUAGCAACAUUGUUAGAUCUACGACGAGAAAUGAUUUGCCAGACUUAUUGAAAUCGCCAGUUACAAAAGAACAACACCUCUUCACUAAUGAAAUCAAUCCCUUUGGUAAUCAAUUAUUGCAUUCAAAUGAAAAUACCAAAAGUCCUAGUGCUAAGUUAUCUUUUUCAGUGUCAAAGCAUAAACCAGGAAUUUAUGUCCCUCCUCAUCAUAGGAAAAAUUCAUCUUCAAUACCAAACAAUACUAAUGAGGCGACUUUGUCAGUGGCAAAUAAUUCUUUAAAUUAUUCAACUUCGUUCAAUUCCAAACCGUCUCCGGAAAAUGUUGAACCUUCAAGAAGCUUUCAACGAUCUUUUUUAGCACCGAUAAGCAAUCAUUCAACAACAACUACGGCAGUACAAGAUAAUGAUAUUUUUGCUCACACAAAUAAUGAUGCAUUAUUUUUUUCAGAUGAUGAUAGUGAAGGUAUAAACUCACCUGAUGCGAAAUCAAUGUUCGGUCCUUACGAAAUUUACAACAACAAUAAGAACAUAUUAAGUCAUUUUCGUGGUGGAAGAAAGUCAAGUACUGUUCCAGAUGAUGUAGUUGGUUCAUUAGAACAAUACAAGAAUAAUUGGUUAAUGUUACAACAACAACAAGAAUAA